CAUCACCAUCACCACCACCACCACCAGAAAGAAACCACAACUACACCUGACCUCACCUUUUCGCACCAUUCGCAUCUAUCAGCGCAAAUAUCAACCACUAUAUUCUAGAUCGCGUUAUUAUCUAUACAUACCUAGCCUAUACCCUUAUACCUUAUAAUUGAUAGAACGCUAUCAUACAAGCUCUCGACUUCCACUUCGCGAUAUCUCCAACUUCGACAAAGCUCCAUCAUAACAAUUACAAUCCCAUAACAAUUUCAUACAACUACCAUCACAAUGGCAGAGCCAACUCCGACUGAUAUUCCGAUAUUAUCAGCCGUCCCAUCAGCUGUCGCAUCAGCCGCCGGCACUCCCCAGUCUCUACCUCCUAUGGACCCCGACGAGCGCGCCAAGUCCUUGCACGUGUCGCUAGCUGACCUGACGGCUAGGGCGAAUGCGCUGUAUGCGCAGAAGAAGUACGAGGACGCAGCCGAAGUCUUUUCCCAAGCUACCGAAAUGCAGGCUGAGAUCAAUGGCGAGAUGGCCCCCGAAAAUGCGGAUAUUCUGUUUCUUUACGGUCGCAGUCUCUUCAAGGUUGGUCAGAGCAAGAGCGACGUCUUAGGUGGCAAGCCUGCUGGCGAGAAGAAGUCCAAUGGUGCCGCAGACAAGAAAUCGAAGGGGAAAAAAUCACAGGCCGAAGUGUCAACUACCAAUGCGACCAAGGACCAGAAGACCAAGGCAGAGGAAGGGGUUGCUCUUGUUUCUAAGAAUGGAAAUGAGAGUGAAAAGGUAUCCGAUGCCAAGAAACCGCUCUUCCAAUUUACAGGUGACGAGGAGUUUGAGGACUCGGAAGAAGAGGAGGAGGCUGAAGGCGAGGAAGAAGAUGAAGAAGACGAUGAUCUAGCUGUCGCGUUUGAGAUCCUGGACUUAGCACGUGUGCUUUUCGAGAAAUCUUUGGAGCGAGAAGAUGAAGACUCUUCAGAAGGGAAGGGAAAGGAGAAGGCUGAAGAGGAUAACCCUGCCAUCAAGCAUAUCAAGGAACGACUUGCAGAUACCCACGAUCUUCUAGCAGAGAUCUCCCUUGAAAACGAGAAGUACCCACUAGCAAUCAACGAUUGCCGUGCCUCUCUAAAGUAUAAAGAGGGUCUCUACUCUCAAGAGUCAGAGGUGAUAGCCGAAGCGCACUUCAAACUUUCGUUAGCUCUUGAGUUUGCGUCCGUCACCUCAAGUGCCGAAGACGAAGCCGGUGCGGGACCAAAACCAGUCGACGAGAACUUACGAAAAGAAGCAGCUGAAGAGUUAGAGAAGGCUAUCGCGAGCACAAAACUCAAGCUUGACGCCAAAGAGGUCGAUCUCGCGAUGCUCCACGCGCCUGAGGAUAACGACGCCACGCGGAAGCAGAUCACCGAGGUUAAGGAAUUGAUCGCGGACAUGGAGCAACGGCUUGUCGAGCUCCGAAAACCCCCCAUGGACGUCAACUCGAUUCUCGCAUCUGAUGACACCAUGCUCGGAGUUUUCGGUACAGCGCUAGGCGAGUCGAGCGCGAAUAAGGAAGCGAGGCUCGAGGAGGCGAAGAAGGGUGCCAAAGACGUAUCCGGGCUAGUGCGCAAGAAGGCUAAAGAUGACUCCAAAUCCGAAACCGAGCAAGUGAAGGCGACGAAUGGGAAACGCAAGGCUGAGGAUACUGCGCCAGGUGAGGAAGAGACCAAGAAAACCAAGGUCGAGGAGGCCACAUAGUCCUAGCUGCCGAGGCGAAGCAAGCGGAAGGAGUGAGUAAAAAAAAUCGUAAGCUUGAGCACUGGAACACACUCUAGCCGUUAGACUCUUCUGAGCCCUGGGUAGACUCUCCGGCAUCGUAAAUAGUUGCUAAAAGGGCAGUCAAAGAGGAUUGUAUAUUAUUGUCAUGUAAAACAAAAGGGCUUCAACGAAGAAGCACCACGGGACAGGCACAUCCAGAUCUAUACUAUCAGACGACAAAGGCUACGGUAGAAGAAGAAAAGGGGGAGAUACGUAUGGGAAAUGGUGAUCCCUGCUCUUAGCUACCUUAGGUAGGAACGCGAAUCGCAUCGUGUGCUAUUAUAUAUGUAUUUGCUUUA